GUCCUUAUUUUUUUGUGUGAUGUUUUUUGUACCCUUAUCUUUCCAAUACUAAAGAACCGAGAAUCUAUGUACCAAUACAAUCGAGAGUUCAAUUGAAUUCAACUCCACAAACAGCUGGCUUUCCUUCUGUGUCCUUUAAUGGAAUUCAACUACCACUGAUAAAGUUGAUUUGAUGAUUCAAGCUAAGCUGCUUCUGCAUGCAUAGCCUCAGUUCCCAAUAUCAACAUUUAUUCCUUUGUCGCUCUUUCUAUCUCUAGGUUUUGAUUUUUUUUUGUACUUUUUGACGGAUUGUAAAAUUGAUUUGAUUGAGACCAAUUUUCUUUAUAGCAAAUACAUACUCAAUUUAUUUCUAACACUCAAAAUGUUAGCAGUUGAUACUAAAGUUUUUGAAAACACCAAUAAAAACACAUUUAUUGGGCAAAAGAGAAGGACAACUGAGAGUGAAGAAGAGGGGGGGAUUACUGAGAGUGAAGAAGAGUGGGGGAGAACUGAGAGUGAAGAAGAAGAAGAGAACAUUCUUUCAGAGAGUGAAGAAGAGGAAAUAGAAAUGGCAGAACCAUCAGUGGAACAAAUAAAUGCAAUUCUUGAUGUCCUAAUCUUAAUAAGGUCUUCAAAAGACAACCCUGAGUAUGGGGUACUGAACGGUGUAAUAGCUGAUUACACAAAGGAGAACAUCUAUGAAGCAAUCGCCGAUGAGGUCAACCGUCGCCUCAACAUUCAAUGUUUACGCAUGGACAAAAGAGAUGCUUUCAACAUGGUAUCUUCGUUGCAGAAAACAUAUAUGGAUAGGGGGGUAAAGCCGGACAAGAUUAAUGAUGCAUUUGGCCCUUGCGAGAACUGUGGCCAUCGAGUUCUUCUCCCAAGGAAAGGUAUUUUCGCAACAGCAACAACAACCAGAACUAGGGUGGUCGGGAGUGGCAGUGGCAAUGGCUCUGGCUCAGCUUCUCAAAAUGCAAAUGCUCUUACGGAUGAAUUCAAAAUCUCAAUGAUGAUUGCUGACCUUGUUAAGAGGAAUAUAAUUGACGUAACUGAGGCUAAUGUGGCUAUUGACUGGUUGGAGGGACAUACUAACUAUGCACCAGGCUAUAUCUUGACAUUAACCGAAGAGAAACUGAUAGAUGAUAUCAAGACGAGAUUCUUAGGUGCUGAGCACAAUGAGUGAUGGUGGUGAACUUAUGCUUAGGUGCUGAAGUGAUGGUGGUGAACUUAUUAUUAUGAAAUUUUAUCAUUAGUAUGAACUUUUAUCAUGUAACUCUAGUUGUUUUCUUUGCUACUGUUGUCUUGUUUGCUACUUCUGAUGGUUGUGAAGGUGUAUGAUGCAAACUUGGUUGCUGCUACUUGGCGUUCCCUGUUGCUGCACAUUUGUUUGCGGGUGCUGCAACAAUUGGGAUGCUGUUUAGUGAUGGUUAGUAGUUAAUGCACUAACAUAUGGUCUGCU